UAAUCCACGAGCGCCACUUCCACUUGUCAGUCUCACAAAGCUUUUAUUGCCUACAGUACACUGAAGAGAAGCAAGAAAAAAAAAACUGAAACUUGAAAGACUUCAAAGCAAAGUCUGUCCCAGCCGUUUGACAAUUGACACUAAUUAUUUCGUGACUUUACUAAAAAUGUUGCCACAAAUGUCAACUUCCAAACGUUGGAUUCCAUAACCUCGGCUAAUUUCAUGGCCAUAAAUACAAUACAUACACAAAUUAACUAAACAAUUUGCUUUAAUGCUCCAGAGUUUUCCAGAGAAAAUGCUGAUUUUAUAGCAAAACUUGAGCCUACCCGGUUUACAUUUCGGGUUAGGUUGUAAAGCAAAAGAGACUUUUUUGGUGUUUUUAGUAAUGGGCUGGAAAUACAAUGCAGGGUUGGGAUUGAUUGGCAUAAUUGUGUUCAUAUGGGUUACCUCUGCAGAAGUUACUCAGAGAAUUUUCACAGACUAUAAGCAGCCAUUUGCAAUCACUUAUUUGGGGGUGUCUCUUAUGGUGGUCUAUCUACCAAUUGCAGCUCUUAAAGAUUGGAUCUGCAGCUUAAUGAAUGCAUAUUUAUAUAAGGACCUUUGUGUUGACUCAAAUGUUAUAAGCACUUCAACUGGACUUAAUACCCCUCUUAGAAUUAAUGAAAUGCACCAUGGACCAGAAACGGAAAACGGCCUAAUUACUGACAAGGAUCUUAGUGAAAGGGAAGAGGGGUGGCCUUUGAUCGCGAAGAAUGAGGAAGAUGAGUCUCAGUUGCUUGAACAAAGUUGUGAACUUAGUUCAUGGGAUAUUGCCAAGUGUGGUUUAUAUCUUACUCCAAUAUGGUUUGCAACAGAGUAUUUAUCGAACUCUGCACUGGCGAAUACUAGUGUAGCAAGUACAACUGUCCUGACUUCUACAUCUGGGCUCUUUACACUUUUCUUUGGAGCUCUUCUUGGCCAAGAGUCGGUAAAUAUCACAAAGGUUGUUGCUGUUUUUAUCUGCAUGGCUGGUGUUGCCAUGACCACAUUUGGAAACACUUGGAUACCUACUGAACUGCAAAGCAUCUCUGAGCCUAGAAAGCACUCUAUCACAGGGGAUGCUUUUGGUCUUCUCUCGGCGGUAUCAUAUGGCAUAUUUACAGUGCUGCUGAAGAAAUCUUCUGGAUCAGAAGGGGACAAGGUUGAUAUGCAAAAGUUUUUUGGAUACAUUGGUCUCUUUUCUCUCCUUGGUCUUUGGUGGCUUGUGUGGCCACUCACUGCUGUGGGGAUUGAACCUCCAUUUAAAUUUCCACAUUCAGCGUCUGUUGAGGAAGUUGUGCUGUUAAAUGGCUUUCUGGGAAGUGUUCUGUCAGAUUACUUUUGGGCCCUUUCUGUUGUUUGGACAACUCCAUUAGUUGCAACACUAGGCAUGUCCUUGACAAUUCCGCUCGCAAUGGUAGCUGAUGUGGUAUUACAUGGCCGUCACUACUCUGUAGUCUACAUCCUUGGGUGCAUUCAGGUAUUUGCAGGAUUUAUAUUGGCAAACCUUUCAGACAAGUUUUCAUGCAAGAAAGAGUCAUAGCAACCACAUAUAAAUUUUGGAGGAGCAGACGGUUAACAUAGACAUAAUUUACACGAUACAGGCUGUUGUUCACCUAAGAUAGAAAUAUGCACAUUGACAGUCUACCUAUUUUUGUGAGUGUGACCAUUAGGUAAUCAGAGUAGCAUGUUGCUAUGGUAGAUGUUGUGCUUAAUUCUUUGCCUUUGUUCUUUUAUUUUCUGAUUGUAUGGGCUUAUAGUAGAAUCCCACUACUGCCCUUUCUGAGACUCAGACCUGGUGAGGAUGCUGGAAUUUUCCAAGCCCACUAUUCAGGCCUGUUGAGUAGUAACAUCACUGUUACUCAAAGAAAAUGUUCCCCAAGCACUAUGAUUUGUCUUACCAGAAAGAAUUUACUUCAUCCAA